CUCCGCCCUCCGUCGUCCCCGGCCAAGUGCUCAGCCUUCCUCCGUCCACCCUGGAUUCCGUCGACAAUCCGCCCGUCUGCUAGUCUGCCUGUCUUGGCCCGCCGUCUCUCGCUCGUUACGACCUUUCGUUCUUUGUCUCUUCAUCCUCGUUGCUCCCCGGCUUUCCUGCAUACCUUCUUUCUUAAGCAGCUUUCCCGCCGGUUACUGUGCUGCGCUGCUGUUUCGCUUUCAUUCCAGCGUCUCUCAUACAUACCGCAUUUCGUCCGCAGGAAACCCUCCGACCACCAACAUCCGCUCUCGGUUCGCUCACCGUCUCGCCCGUUCCUCGUUUCACCGUCCUUUGCCGGCCGGGUUGACGCAAACCUCGGCGCCUCUCCAUCUCCAACGAUCCCCAUCAACGGAGCCAUCGAUAUUGCAAAGAGCCUGGAUGCAGUAGUAACGCCGCCUUCACCUCUCUCCCAUCCCCUGGGACUCUGUCCAUCAUCGGCGUGACAAUGGUGACGCUGCGGACCCUGGCGUCCGCUCUCGCCAGCGUCGCGCUGUGUGCUUCCUCGUCGCUGGCAUACUCCGUCAAGCGAAACCCUGUCGGCUACGUCUCCCUCAUCGACGACCCCGUCAUCAAAGCCCCCUCCCACCGCGUCCACGCCUUCUCCAAGUUCGACCUCACAUUCACCCUUCACAAUGGGCGCCAGAGCAUACGACUGGCCCUCGAGCCCAACGAUGACAUCCUCCACGACGACUUCGCCAUCACCAUCAUGGGCCAGGACGGCAUCGUCCGCGAGGUGCAAAAGGUGCCGAGGACGGAUCACAGGGUAUACCGUGGCGAUGCCUUCAUCGAGCGGCCUGGCCAUGGGGGCUGGUCCAAGGCCGGCUGGGCGCGGGUGACCGUACAUCGCGAUGGAGACCACCCCGUCUUUGACGGCGCGUUCCGCAUUGACGGCGACAACCACCACAUUCAGACGGCGGAGCAAUACUUGAAGCUCCGGGGCGACGACGAUCCCCUCAUCGACAUCCUGCCCGACGGUGAGGAACGUAUGGUUGUAUGGCGCGACUCGGACGUCAUGGACUCCUCCGACGAGCACAACGAGCUGAAGCGAAGCGUUGGCGACGAUCCCCUUUGCAAAGCCGACACCCUCGACUUCAACAGCAAGUUUCAUACAGAGACCCAGAGCCGCAACAUGUUGCGUGCCGUCGAAUUCCGUUCCUUGUUUGGCCGUCAAUCGAUAGACGGUGGUGGUGGCAGUGGCUCGGGGCUGAAUUUGGUGAGCUCUAUUGGCUCCGUCGACGGCUGUCCAACCACGAGAAAGGUCGCCCUCGUCGGCAUCGCGACGGACUGCAACUACUGGGAGGGCUUUGACAACAAGGAGGCCCUCACAAAGAACGUCAUUGGCAUGGUCAACAAAGCGUCCGAGGUGUACGAGAGCACCUUCAAGAUCUCGCUGGGCAUCCAGAACCUCACCAUUCUCGACAAGGCGUGUCCCGCCACUGCCGCCGCCGCGACGCCGUGGAACGUGGCAUGCGGGCCGCAGACGACCAUCAGUGACCGCCUCAAUACAUUCUCCAAGUGGCGCGGCCAGUUCCAGGACGACAACGCCUACUGGUCGCUGCUCACCAAAUGCGCCACCGACUCUGCAGUCGGUCUGGCUUGGCGCGGGCAGCUGUGUCGCACGGGCUCCGGCGACAACGGCGAUGGCAAGGGCAACAACGAGACGGUCGCCGCAACCAAUGUGGUCGUUCGGACGGACACGGAGUGGCAGAUCUUUGCCCACGAGACGGGCCACACCUUCGGGGCGGUCCAUGACUGCACCAGCUCCACGUGUCCUGCCGACAUGUCGAAGCAGCCGUGCUGUCCCCUGACCGGCAGCAGCUGCGACGCCGGAGGCAAGUUUAUCAUGAACCCCUCGACGGGCAAGGGCAUUACCAAGUUCUCGCCGUGCAGCAUCGGCAAUAUCUGCUCGGGGCUCAAGUCCAACAUGAUCAAGGGCAACUGCCUCACGGACAACAAAAACGUCAAGACCAUCACGGGCAGCCAGUGCGGCAACGGCAUCGUCGAGAGCGGCGAGGAUUGCGACUGCGGCGGCGAGGCUGGCUGCAAGGACAACAAGUGCUGCGAUCCCAAGACGUGCAAGUUCCUCAGCGGCGCCGUAUGCGACUCCAGCAACGAAGACUGCUGCACGGACAAGUGCCAGUUUGCGUCCAACGGCACCGUCUGCCGGGCCAGCACCGGAGUCUGCGACGUCGAGGAGGUCUGUCCCGGCAACCACGCCAGCUGCCCCGAGGACAAGCACAAGAGCGACGGCGACUCGUGCGGUAGCGGCCUCUCGUGCGCUUCGGGCCAGUGCACGUCGCGUGACCUGCAGUGCAAGAACAUGGCCAGCAGCCUCUCGGGCAUGAACAACACUUCGGCCUGCCCGGACAGCGGCUGCCUGCUCGCCUGCACGUCUCCCGAGAUGGGGCCCAACCAAUGCGUCACGUACAAUCAAAACUUCCUGGACGGAACCGACUGCGGCGCCGGGGGCAAGUGCUCCAACGGCGCGUGCGAGGGCGCGUCGACGGCCAAGGAGAUUGGCGACUGGAUCCAGAACCACAAGUCCAUCUUCAUCCCCGUCGUGGCCGUCGUCGGCGGCCUCAUCCUCAUCGCCAUCCUCAGCUGCAUCGUGAGCGCCAUUCGCAAGCGCUCAUACCGCCGCAAGCAGCCCACACCGCCCGAGAUGAGAAACUGGCCGUCGUCGUUCAACCACGGCGGGCCACCGAACCGCGGACCCCAGCAAUGGAACCAGGGCCAGCAGCAGCAAUGGGCGCAGUCCCCCGGCGGCCAGGGCCCUCAUCAGAACUUUUACGCGUACCCGCCGCCGCCGCCGCCGCCUCCACCCGCCGGCGACGGGGAUAGGUGGCUGAACCGACAGCGAAGCAUGAGAUACGCAUAAACUACCACCAGUGGAAUACGGAACCCGGCUUCAUCGUUGUAUCUAUUGAAUUUUUGGGCUCGAAGAAGAAUUGCUUGUGUUUUGCCUCAGAUACCUCUUUUUGGAUACACGCAGGCAGAUCAAUGGGGCUUUUCUCUCUCUUCCCUGAGGGCAUCACGAAUCAUCAUCACACAGGCGUUUUUUGGUAGGGGCACUGAGAAGUUGCCUACUUGUUUUUGGGAUACAGCGCCGCGGCAUCGGCAAUACGGGCGGGGAGGGGAUGUUGGAUACACAGAUCGCGGAGACGGGUUUCCCCCGCGCCUCAUGGCUUUCCUUUUUCUCUCCCGGUUAUGGGCAGCCACUACAGGCAGACGAGUAGGCAGGCAGGCACGCAGGCAGACCUACCGCCCCUCAUCUCGUACAAAAGUUUCCGUACAAACCUUGUACGUAGGUAUGUAUGCACAUAGGCUGUAUGUUCGGUGCUCCUCGUUGUCCUCGAGGGUGUCGAGAGGCGGGUGUACCCGACGGUGAUUGGUGCUGCCCAGUCUCCCGCGUUAGGAACCCGCCGUAUAUAGAUGGGCUAAAGAAAGAAAGAGACGGUUCACGGGACCCCUGUGUCAUGAC